ACCUAUAAAUUCAAAAUUUAUCGUUUUUUUGUUGUGAUGUCGAUGCAGAUUUCAGUGUACAAAAGUUAAAAAAUGUUAAUUACAUUGUAAAUAGCAAGAUAUAUGACAAAUAUUGCGUAUUUCGCUGUAUAUCACUAUUAUGAAUAAAAUUUCACCUCAAAAAACAUUUUACGGCCAAAAACAAACGGCCAAAUGCGCUUUAACAUCUCAAGAUAGGUUUUGUGUUGAACUGACAGGUUUCAGUAAUGAAGCCUUACAAAUAUUUAAAACCAUCCCAUCUAGAUCCUAUGAUCCAAAGACUCGAAACUGGAGCUUUCAUAUUAAGGAUUACGAAAUGCUUAUCUCUAAACUACGAACCUUGCAAGCUAAACUGAAUGUGGAGAAGAUACCAGGAUUUGUAUUGAACUGUAUAAGGGUUCCUCAAGAUGAAGUUAUCAUUGAUUAUACCAAACUGGAUCCUGCUUUGAGUAGCACUUUGCUACCGUUUCAACUAGAGGGAUUAAGUUUUGGUAUCGAUAAAAAGGGAAGAUGCCUUAUAGCAGAUGACAUGGGGCUUGGAAAAACGUUUCAGGCCUUGGCUAUUGCUAACUAUUACAAGGAGGACUGGCCUAUGCUGAUAGUAACAACAGCUAGUAUGAAAGCCGUUUGGGAAGAAACCAUUAGAAAUUAUUUGCCUUCAGUUCCGAACAUACAAGUCCAGUACAUGGUUUCUGGAAGAGAUUACAUCGGAGAUUCAAAAAUACUAAUCGUAUCUCACGACAUGAUGUCUCGCGCCCUGGACGGGUUAUUAGAUAGAUCUUUCGGUGUCCUCAUCAUCGACGAAUCGCACGUUUUGAAAAGUUUCAAAACGAAAUGUUACAGAUCCGCCCACCAUCUGGCGAAAAAAGCUAGGAGAGUAAUUCUGCUUAGCGGUACCCCCGCACUGUCCAGACCAUGCGAGUUAUUCACCCAACUCAACAUUAUAGACGACAAAUUCUUCGGCAACUUUUUCGACUUCAGUAAGCGUUACUGCGACGCCAAACAGACGAUUUUCGGGUGGGACGCCAGCGGCAAAUCCAAUCUGAAGGAGCUGGAGAUCAUUCUGGCAAAAAAGUUCAUGAUUCGUAGGACGAAAGAGGACGUAUUGAAGGCCUUGCCCAACAAAAAGCAAGAGAUUGUUACGUUAGAUACUAAACUGGAGGAGUUUUCGGAGGAGGAUAGGGAGUGCCUUAUCGCUUUGGGAAAGAAAUAUAACAGCCACAAGAGGAGCGCCGAAAGACAUGCUCUUCUGUUGACGUACUUUUCUGAGACUGCUAAAAUAAAGAUACCGUCGGUUUGUUCGCAUAUUCUGCAAAUGCUAGAGAAAAAAGUCAAAUUCCUGGUUUUCGCCCACCACCAGGUCAUGUUGAACGCCAUAGAGGAUAUAGUGAAGAAGAAGAACCUGAAAUACAUCAGGAUCGAUGGCAGCACCACUUCAGACCAAAGAAAAUAUUUCAUCUCCAAGUUCCAGUUGGACGACAGCUACCUGUGCGCGAUUCUGUCGAUAACGGCGGCUAAUGCGGGCAUUACGCUUACCGCUGCUAAAUAUGUAAUAUUCGCGGAACUGCACUGGAAUCCUAGCAUUAUAAGCCAGGCCGAGGCUAGGGCACACAGGAUCGGUCAAGAGGACACCGUUAUCGUCCAGUACCUGAUAGCCCAGAACACCUCCGACGAGUCCAUGUGGCUCUUGCUCCAAGAGAAACAGGAGACUCUGAAGCAGUUUGGUCUGUGCAAGGAGAAUUUCGACAAUGUGGAAGUGAAGAAGCAGGAAAACACUGCGGUAACGAAAGGGCUCGAGUUGAACGUCAGCGUCGCGUGUAGUUCUAUGGAUAUAAGAUCGUAUCUCUCUCCUCAGAAGAAACGGAAGCAUUCCGAGAGUGAGAUAGAGGAUAUGUUCAACGACGGGUUCGACGAGAUCCUGUGCAAGCACGUGGCGCUUCAAGAAGAGGAACUUUUUAACGACGGGAUGGACGAGAUACUGUGUGAUAUAGAUUUUUAAAGUUAACGUUUUUGCGGUAAAAGUUGAUACAUGUCGAUAUUGAGGUUAUGUUACGGGUUAGACAUUUUUUUUAUGUCGGCUUACGCUUAAGUUUCAAUCCUUUUAGUUUAAAUCUUUAAACAAAACCUCGGCAAAAAAAUUAUUUUUGUGUAAUUUUUUUUUUUACUUUUACUUAUACUCUCAAAUAAUAAAAUAUAUUUAUUCUAUUUUUUUUUUAUUCAUAUCAAAUCUAUUUUA